AAAACGUGACGUCACAUCUACGCGACAGCUUCACUUCCGCAUUUUGACUUUUCACCCCGCUGUGUUUCUAAGCGACCGAAUCAGUGGCGUCUCUCCACUUAGAAUAAUGGUGCUAGUCGUCAGUCCUCCACAGUGCCCAUAAAGUAAGACGAAUAUAUAUUCCCGCGAGUCUAAACACUCCAGAGGCGGCAGCACUGCUGAGCUGUGCGGUUAUAUUCAGGAGAAAUAUGCCGCCGAAGAGAAAGGGGCCGCUGCAGACGCUGCAGAGGGACACGGAUGACAUCAAAAGACAGGUGGACUCUCUGGCGAGAGAGGUGCAGCAGCUGGACAGGACGUCGGACGGCGAGGGGCUCACGGAGGCCUCUGGGAGGUGCAGCAGUCUCCAGAAGUCAGUCGAAGAGACGGCGAAGACCUUGAGGAAGCUGACAAAGGCGGACGAACCCGCCCCCGUGGGGAACUACGAGGGGAGGAAGCUGGACGAGGAGAGGAGGUUGCAGGCGAUCCGGCAGCAGCUGCAGUCUCUCUCUCUGAAGCUGUCCAUGCUGCAGAAACCCACGCAAAGCGAAAAGGCAGCGACGCACGCUUCUUCUCGAGAUGAGCCGGAAAGUGAAGACGAAGGAGAGGAAUCUGAGGAGGAGGAGGAGGAUGAUGAUGACGAAGAGGAGGAGGAGCAGGAGGAGGAGGAUCAAGCUGACGAGGAGAAACGAGCUGAUUUUUUUGUCGUUGCCUGUUCGUUCAAAGGUGAACAAGAAGGCGACUUGACAGUGCAGAAAGGCGACUUAUUGCGCAUCCUCUCAAAAAACCCCGAUGGCUGGUGGCUCGCUCAAGACUCCAAAGGAAGGAUGGGUGUAGUCCCUAAAAAUUUCUUAAAGGUGCCGCAGGAAGAGGAGGACGAAGAGGAUGACGAAGACGAGUCGGACGCUGAAGAAGAGAGCGCCGACGAGCAGUUGGAGCCCACCACCAAGUCCAGCAGAAGCCACCAUUCCAACUGGGAUGUCGUGAGGAAAGCGAUAACGGAGAUGAACGCGACGGACGUGCUGUCAGCCAUGGGGGCCAUACCUGCGGGCUUCCGGCCAUCCACCCUCUCCAGGAUGCUCGCCGAAGGAAAUACGUACAGGAGUAGUUACUACAUCCAGCCGGAGCUGAGUCGAUCCCAGCUGGCCUUCAAAGACCUUUUCUGGGACCCGGACACAGGAAGUGUGCGACCGCGGGUGACCAGGACCUCCCUGACGCUCACGCUCUGGAGCUGCAGGAUGAUCCCCGGCCCCGGGGUGGGGGUGCAGGUCCUCAGCAGACACGUGCGGCUCUGCGUGUUCGACGGUGUCCGGGUGUUGAGCAACAUCCACACAGUGAGAGCCUGUCACAGCGCAAAGAACCCGAAGACGUGGACCUUUUCUCCAAGGACGGCCGGUAUCCUGCCCAGCCUCUUGGACGGAGACUGCUUCGUUAGGAGCGACGCGCAGUCUCCCGAGCUGGGAGUCCUCUUCGAACUCGGCGUCACCUACAUUAGAAACUCCACAGGCGAGCGGGGCGACCUGAGCUGCGGGUGGGCCUUCCUCAAGCUGUUUGAUGCCAGCGGCGUGCCGGUCCCUUACAGAAUGUGUGAGCUGAGUGUCAGCGGAGGGACGCCGUACGAAAAGGGUGUCGACGUGGACCCCUCGAUAAGCAGCCGAGCCACGGGCAGCGUCUUCCAUCAGAUGUUGGCCUCCAGGAAACAGCCCAAGCUCCUGGUGAAACUCAGGCUGCCCAACACAAGGACCAGGGCCACCUUGAACCUCCUGCCCGACUCCUUGGUUGGCAGCACCUGCAGCGCACACCUGUUGGCUCUCUACAGACAGGUGUUGGCCGACGCUCUCGUCAGGGACCGGCCCACCAUACAGAACGCCGAUCUUAUCUGCCACCCAGUUCUGGCAACGUUCCCAGAGGUUUUGGAUCACACUGAUCUUCUGGAUGCUCUGAGGAGCACGUGGGCCGAGAAGGAGAGCGGGCUGAGGAGAUCGCACAAGAGGGACGGCCAGCGGCUGAAGGGCCUCUUCGUGGAGGUCUACAUGAGCACCGUGUUCCCCCUGCUGCGUUCCUCCGCCCUUCCCUCCGCACAGUGGGCCAACGAGGAGCAGGAGACACUGCGCUGGAAUGCGGUGUUCGCCUCCGCCUCGCCGGGCGUCCGCGAUGGCCUCUCCGUCCUGCUCUCCGCGAACCCCGUCCAGGAGGCAUUCGACAUCACCCAGGUGACCUACGACUUCCUGGGAGCAGCCAGAAGGGGUGUGGAGACCACGUGAGCCACGAUGGCCUGUAGGACUGAAACUGGAGCCAAAACCGUAUAUUUAUUUUUCCUUAUGUCAUGUGGUAUUGUUUGAAAUAAAGCCUUUUUUUUUUUUUCCACAGCUCAGGGUGUCG